AUGGCGAUAACAAGGAGAACGAACACGGUAGAACAACAACCUGAGGAGGAACAUGUUGAGGUGGUGGACGAGACCGAUCUCUCUGAAACUGUCCGUCUAUUGAAACAGGAGAUGGCCGCGAUGAAACAACAGCGGGAGAAGGAUGCAAAGGAGCUUUCAGCCUUAAGAGCCGAAAACGAGGCACUGAAAAAUGAUCCGUCAUGGAAACCCACUCAAGUGACCAACACGCAAACCCAGGGGUCCUAUCAAUCUUAUGAGGUCCAUACCUCGGCUCCUCAUGCCUCGACAGCAGCACCUCCAAGAAUCCCUUCGGCUCAACCUACUGUGACGUUGAGCACAACUGAUGAUGCUGCACUGUGCCGGAUCUUUCCAACGUCUCUCAAAGGCAGAGCCCUGAGUUGGUUUACUCGGCUCCCUCCUAACUCUAUUGACUCGUUCAACACCUUGUCUGCUCAAUUCACCAUUCAGUUUGCAACGAGUCGCCCUCACAGCUUGACAUCUCUAUCUCUGGUCGACCUUCGGAAAGACAAGAAGGAGUCACUUCGAACUUUCAUGGAUCGGUUUAACAAGGCAGCAUUGGAAAUCCGAGACCUCAACCCUGCCGUGGCACUCCAUCACCUCACAACGGCAUUGAAGCCAAGGCCGUUCGUCAACAGUAUUUGUAAGAAACCCCCUUCGGACAUGAAUGAUCUACGAAGGAGAGCCGACAAGUAUAUGCAAAUGGAAGAGUUGGCGGAAUAUCGUAAUCAAGCACGAGCUGAACCAGUAAAUAAGACAGAAAAGCAAACCGAACAACCAUUCAGAGGCCGAGGCAAAGAAAUAGCACUAAGAGAUCGGCCCGUGUGUGGGCCGAAAUACUCUCAUUAUACACCCUUGAACACCAGCAGGGCAGCAGUAUUAGAACAAGCUCUCGCGUCCGAAGUACUGGCAGUUCCGAAGAGAGCUUCUACACCACCACGUGCUGAUACCAACAAGUCUUGUAGGUAUCAUCGUAAUCGUGGUCAUUCCACCGAAGAAUGUGUUGCUUUAAAGGAUAAGAUUGAAGAUUUGAUUAAACAAGGCCAACUGCAUAAUUUCGUUGAUCGAUCAGGCUCAUCUCGGCCUCACUCUUCAUACCAACCUCGGCACCAGGAUCGGCCUACACAGAAUCGUUUUGAUAGGCCUCGUCGUGAACGAAGCAGGUCGAGAGACCGGAAGGACGACCCGGCACCUUCGCAUAGGAGAGUCAUUAACACAAUCGCAGGUGGAUUUGCGGGCGGGGGCUCAACUUCUUCAGCCCAAAAAAGGCACCUGCGAGCCAUCCGAUCGGUUCACGCUGUUGAUAGGCAACCUUCACGAAGAUUGCCAACUAUAACUUUCACUGAUGCUGACUUUCAAGGCAUUGAUCCAGUGUAG